GUCACGUUGCGCGCCGGUCUUGGUAAUCGCACGUUAAUGGUCACGAACGUUCCGCUCGUACUCGCUAACGAUAUACGUCGAACCCGUCGUGCGAUAUUUUGGAUUUGUCCGCGUACCGAUUCGUACAUACCGCGGUAACCGUCGAAAUACCGCUUCCGGGAAGUGCGAUCGUCGAUCAAAUCCGUCCUCGAACCGGUCCAAAUCUAUACACCCUCCCGUUGCUGGCGCCGGCACACCAUGUACGAUGCGGGCUGAGGACGGACCAAGUCGUUCGAAAGAGACAUUUUGACACGCGAAUCCGAGUGAUCGCCACCCGAAGAGGAUAAUAAUAAUUAUACAAAAUACUAUAUACAAUUUAUAAAAUUAUAUAAACGCGUUCGGGGCUGUUUCGCGGGUAAACCGCCCCUCCCCCCCUAAUCGCGAAAAAUCAUCGUCGUCACCGGGCAACCAUGGUCCGUCCAGCGGUCUUGGCUUUGGCGCUGCUGUUCUGGCUGAACGCCCGUCCAGGAGGAGUUUCGGGUCAAGGUGCCGUGAGACAGAUAUUCGCCGUCGUACACGGAACUGCGUCGUUGCCGUGUGAUAUUGCGCCACCGAUACCUCACGAUCCACAGGACACUGUCAUACUGGUGGUUUGGUACAGAUAUGAGAAAACUGCGAUAUACAGCGUGGAUAUCCGAGACAAGUAUACUGAUCCAAACAAGUCACAUUGGAAGGAUGAGUCCUUGGAGGGCAGAUCACACUUCCGUAUGCUAUCCGAACCAGCCAUGUUAACCAUCGAUAACGUAUCGGAAAUGGACGCUGGCAUUUACAGAUGUCGAGUAGACUUUCGGAAAUCACCGACCAGAAAUUCUCGGCUGAACCUAACAGUUAUUGUGCCUCCGCAGAAACCAGUCAUCCUGAGCGAGUAUAACGAGGAGAUAGAACACACAGGGCCGUUCUACGAGGGCGACCGGGUGAAGUUGACGUGCAUGGUAUCUGGAGGUCGCCCAGAACCGAAAGUCAGGUGGUGGCGAGGAGAAACUUUGAUGGACACAGGAAAUGAAGGCAUUUCCGGAAAAUUCACAGCAUCAUCAGCACCAGUGAAACAAAACGAAAUGACUAUCGAAGCGCUGGGCCGAUACGACCAGGGAGCCGUGUACACUUGUCAAGCUUCCAAUAGCAACUUGUCUGCCCCCGUCAGCGCCAGCGUCACAAUCGAAAUGUACCUCAAACCGUUGGACGUGCAAGUGCUCAGCAGCAGGCAGCCGCUUAGUUCCGGCCGGACGUACGAGGUGCAGUGUCAAGCGGUGGGCUCCAAGCCGCCGGCCAACGUGACGUGGUGGAAGGACAAUGAGAGGUUGACCAACGCUACACAGACCGUAUCACCAGAUGGCAAUGUAACAUCAUCCACUUUAACUUUCCAACCAACAAAAUCAGACAAUGGUAAAUCAUUGAUAUGCCGAGCCGAGAAUCAAAAUGUGCAACACUUAGAGCAGAUGGCUGGUAAAGUGGAAGACUCAUGGACGAUCGAUGUGCACUACGUACCGAUAUUAAAACUGGCUUUGGGAAUUAAUAUGAAUCCGGCAGACAUUGAAGAAGGAGACGAUGUAUAUUUUGAGUGCAAAAUCGAUGCUAAUCCACCUGCGUACAAAGUGAUUUGGAAACAUAACGGUCAAGUGGUCCAGGGAAAUGUGAAAAGCGGCGUGAUUAUGAAUCAAAAGGACCUGGCACUUCAAAACGUCAAGAGACAGCAGGCGGGAAACUAUUCGUGUUUGGCUAGCAACGUGGAGGGAGACGGCGAGAGCAACGUCGUCCGGCUAACAGUCAUGUACAAACCGGUAUGCAGGCACAACCAAAAACUGACGUAUGGCGUUGCCCGAAACGAGAACACGGAAAUUGUGUGCGAAGUGGACGCGUAUCCGGCGCCGGACAUUUUCAAGUGGACGUUUAAUCGGACGGGUGGCGUGGCGUCCGAAAUGGGCAGCAACGAGGUGAUCCAACACGCUAGGUCGAGUGGCGUCGAAACCGGAAAUGGCAAUGGUGGUUUGUCAUCCGGCAAACGUGGCAGACUAUCGUCGGUGCUCACGUACAGUCCUUCGGUUAUGGGAAUGGGCGGCGGUGGAGGAGGCAACGGAAAUGGAGGCAACGUUGGGGACAACGAUUACGGAACUGUCACUUGCCGCGCUUCGAACACCGCCGGACAGCAAAUAGAGCCUUGCGUUUUCCACGUGAUCGCAGCCGUGAGACCUGACCCGCCAUUCAACUGCACUUCCGGUGACCGGACGCUGUUCUCGGUGCACGUGUGGUGCACUCAAGGGUUCGAUGGUGGAGUCGCACAGCGCUUCGCCCUGGAGGCGUACGACUCGGCUGGCCGCGCUGACGGAGGCCCGUCCGGCCUGGACGACGGGUACGGCGGGCCCGCGGUGGCCGCCGACGGACCGGCGCCACCGAUGUUGGCCAACCUGACGGCCGACCGGCCGGACUUUACGCUCCGACAGCUGUCGCCGUCGGUCGGGCUCCGGUUGGCCGUGUACGCGUACAACUCGCGCGGCACCAGCGACCGCACGUGGCUUACCGCCUACACACUCAACUCGGCCGACAAGCAAACUACUUCCGGUUCGUCUGCGGUGGGAGCCGGUGGCAACGACCAUUUCCGGCUGACGCCAGUAGUCGCCGGCCUUUUGGCCGUCACCAUUGUGUCAGCCGUAGCCGCAGCUGCGGUGAUGUGCGCGCUCCGUGUGCGAUCCCGACGGCACCGGAACCAGCGCCGGCAGGACUUAUGCGGGGCCGGAACCGGUAGCAUUAUGGGUGGAGGUGUUGGUGGUGGGGCUGCCGUCAUCGCCGUGUGCAAGCAGAAAGCGGACGACGACGACGACGAGUACGCGGCGGCGGCAUUAGACCCAGACAAAAAUCCAGACCUGAUCCCACCGACGAAAAUCAAAAGCGGAAGCAGAGGAAAUAUCGGAUACCGCGUUGUCCAGCAACAGUCGAUGAUGGGAUUAAAUGACGACGAUGAUGAAAACUUGAAUGCUGCCGAAUCAUCAGACGAUGAACGAUCCGGUUACCCGACACUUCCGGUCGACGGUAUUGGCUCGCGCCCAUCCGCCGGUUCACUGCGACACGCCGCUACAUCAGUUGGCCCAGGUUAUAGCAAUAACGGCUAUAGGCCUGAACAACAUAUGUCGACAACCAUAGCGGUAUCGUCCCGAUUACCACCUUACCAUCAUCGGGAAAUCGUUACAGUCCGAACUCCAUUGAUGUCUAGCCAACAAGAAAGCUGCGUUUAAAUAUAUUAUUAUAAACGUGUAAUUCGUAUUAAAAUUUUAUUUUAUGUAAUGUAUACAUAAAAUACAUAGUCCUAUAGUCCUAAUUAUUAUUACUAUCAUUAUUAUUAUUAUAAAUAUUACCCAAUAUUAUUAUUAUUAAUUGUAUUAUGAAUAUAUUUUGUUAAUAACUUCCUAAAUGUAUAUUAAACAACAAUUUUUCCACUGUUAAUAUUUCCCUUGGACGUUUCUAACAUUUGUACUCAUCUAAGUGUUUGUCAUUUUAAGCUCUCCUAGAUAAAUUCUACAUAAUAUAAUAAUUUCAGUCUAUCUCCAUUGGCUUUUGAACUAGGUACUCCAUAACUCAAUUUUUAACUUUUUUUUAUCUGAAUUUAUUAAGAACGAUUGAAAUUUGAUACAACUACAAUUAUAUUAUUACUGUUAUAUGUUUCUUCUUUAAUAUUAUCACAUAAAAUACUAAAUAAUAGUAAUAUUUCUGAUAUUCGAUUAUAUUAAUGAUAUGUAUUAUGUCAAAUCUCGUAUAGAAAUCGUACCACAUAAAUAUAAUAAUAAAUGUGGGAUGUUUUAAGAAUACAAAAUUGUUGCGCUUAGCGUUACGCACCAGCUAGGACAUAGUGUAAUAGUUCCGUUAAAUUCAUGCUGAUUUAAUUGCGUUACAAUUAUUAUCAAAAACGUGUGUAAUUCAACAAUUAUUAUUUCUACAAGUAUCUGUUAUAAACGAGAAACCAAUCUUGGAAACGUCCUUCAUAAUACUAUUUUAUGGGUCGAGCGUGAGGUGACUAGACGAAUUCCUUACGUCUUCGUUUUCAUAUUUAAUUAAGUCAAAUUUAAUCAAACCCUAAAAAACUGUAUGAUAAUAAUAUCUAUAUUAUAAUAUCCAUAGUGAGUAAUCUAUCAAAUUACCAACACUGCUGGUUUUUGCUGGAUGACAGUUGUUAAGUGUUAUAAUUUUUGUAAAAAAUGAGUUUCAAAUUAUAUGUGUUUAAAUUUAUUAUAUUAAUGGCUAAGUAAUAAUAUUGUUGUUGUUUGUAUUUAUUAAGUUGGAAACAAUUAUUGAAGUAAAGUUAUCAUUGAUUCGCACACCAGCGACAUCGUUAGUCUACUAAGAAAUAAGGUAUGACGUUUUAAAAAAAAAUGUGAAUAAAUUUUUUAUUAUUAUUAAUAUAAAUAAAAUUCUAUUUAAUGUAAAUAUUUAAUAAUUAAUAAUUAAUAUCGGUAUCAAUAAUAAUAA